UAAACUAGUAAAAAAAAUGAUAGUGAUGAUUGGAUGUGGUAAUUGAAUUGGCAGCAUUCAUCUAGCACACACUACAAAAGACACCUCAUUGUGGGUAAGGAGAGAUCAGAUGUGUAUGCAACACACAAAGCUAUCAAAGAAUGGAAUUGAUCAUGAAUGUUUGUGUUAUUAUUGGAGUUGUUUUAGGGUUUUUCUAUGUGUUUGCGAGAAGAUUCAAUGAAAUCUGGUAUUCAUUUAAGUUAGGAAGAAAGAUUUACAAAUCUCUUCCCCCUGGUGACUUGGGAUGGCCUUUUGUUGGCUCUACUUUGGCCUUUAACAAAGCAUUUAGAGUUGUGGGCGAUCCGUACACCUUUAUUCACACUCAUCUUUUAAGAUAUGGAAGAGUGGGAAUGUACAAAAGUCACCUUUUUGGAAUGCCAACAGUUAUUGUAACAAAUCCAGAAAUAUGUCGACGCAUAUACUUAGACGAUGAAUGUUUUGAACCAAAUUAUCCAAAAUCAGUGAAAAUAUUAGAAACAAAUGGUAAUUUCUUAAAGAUUGAGCACAAAAUUGGAUAUAAAAUAAUAGCAUCUCCAAUGAAUGGGUCUGAGGUAUUGAGUAAGCACGUAGAAUUCAUUGAACAACUGGUGGAGAUGGGGUUGGAGGAAUGGAGUAGCAUGAGAAGAGAGCCAAUUGAAGUGAUGGAUAAGAUUGGAGGUUUAUUUUUCAAAGUAGUUUUACAUAUUUUCUUGGGAAAUGAAAUUGAUGAUCAAGCCAUGGCUGAGCUUCACACAUUGUACAGAGAAUUGGGUCUUGUAAUUAUGUCCUUUUUGCCUUAUGACUUGCCUGGAUUCACUUAUCGUCGAGCACUCAAGGCAAGAAAUAAGAUAGAAAAGAUCCUCCGUUGUGUGAUAGAGAAGAAAAGAAAAAGAUUUGAAAAGGAUGAUGGAACAACUGAAGUGUAUUCUCUCUUGGACAAAUUGAUUGUGGCCAAAAAUGAGAAUGGAUCAAAGUCAUACAGUGAUGAUACCAUAAUAGACUUGCUUCUUGGAACAUUUUUUGCUGGCCACAAUACUCCUGCCACUGCUGCUAUGUGGGCACUUCUACACAUCUCACAAAACCCUCAUAUCUUCCAAAUGGCAAAGGAAGAGCAAGAGUCAAUUAUAAGACAAAGACCAUCUACUCAAAAGGGCUUAACUUUUCAAGAAAUCAAGCAAAUGAAAUUUCUUACGAAGUUCAUCAAUGAAGUACUGCGAAGAAAUACUGUCGCACCCACGAACUUUCGCAAGGCAAAAACAAAUGUAAACAUUAAUGGCUACACUAUUCCAAAAGGGUGGACUGUACAAAUUUGGAGUGUAGCUGUUCAUAUGGACUCUCAAAUAUAUUCAAACCCACAAGACUUUGAUCCUUCAAGAUGGGAUAAUUAUACACCAAAACCAGGAGAAUUCAUUCCUUUUGGACUUGGAAGUAAGUUUUGUCCUGGAAGUGAACUUGCAAAGCUUGAGAUGACUAUUUUACUUCAUCAUUUCGUCCUCAAUUACAAAGUGGAGCCUGUUGACCAAAAUUGCAAUGACACUCGCUUGCCUAGUGCCAAGCCAAUGGGCCUUUGCAGGAUUGUUAGGGUGUCACAGUAAGGGAUGGAUAUAUUUUUAAUUAACGUGUGAAACUAAACUUUAUUUUAUCAGUAAUUGAUAUUUGAAUGUAUGGUCGGUGAAGUUGGUGCUUUUAUUCACCAACUUGUACUCUUAUAAUAAAAUAAUAUAUGUUGUAGUUUUAUUAAUUAUAAGUGCUUGUAAUAUUCCUUGGAAGUGAGAUCGAUCUCCAAUAAUUCCUCUCUGUAAUGUUAAUGUGUUAUUUUAAUGUUCA